AUGGGACAUCUGGAGUUAAUACUAGUAUUAACAUGGAUAACAGGUUGCUUUACCAUAGACAACAAUGCAAAUAGAUUUGACGUGACAGAGGGAGAUGCAGCGUUGGCCUCUUGUGAUUUCAACCAAAAUGAAGAACCGUUCUGCAACUUCCAACAAGACCCUGCAGAUAAUGGUGACUGGACGCGUCACAGUGGACCCACCCCAACCCCAGGCACUGGACCUGAUGGAGACUAUCCGGAUGGAGCUGGCUAUUACAUAUAUCAUGAGGCUGACAACUCCGUAAAUGGACAGAAAGUACGCCUUCUCAGCCCAGUUAUUACUAGUGGACCUUCUGAGAUCUGUGUACAGUUCUACUACUACAUGUAUGGCUCUGACAGCAGUAACACCCUGACUGUGUUUGCCAAACGUCCCGGCUCUGAGGAACAAAUGUGGCAAAAAACUGGGAUACAGAGCCCUUCAUGGCUUGGAGCCUCUGUCACUGUGCCCAUACCAGCUGGACAGACUGCUCAGAUUGUGUUUCAAGCAAAGCGUGGGCUCUCCUCAUCAUGUGACACUGCCAUGGAUAACAUUGUCAUCACUGAGGGAGCCUGUGCUGGCUGUAUAGUUGGGUGUGAUUUUGAUGAUGAUGAAUGCGGCUGGACGAAUGUGGUACCUAAUGAUGAAAUUUUUGGUUGGGAGUUAUGGACUGGACAGACAGAUACACCAGGCACUGGCCCUGAUGAUGACUUCUCCAAACCAGGAUUGGGUUCAUACCAGUUAAUGGACUCCAGCUUUAGCAUUGAAGGAGAAUCCGCUCAGCUCUGGAGCCCCUCUACCUCAGCCUCUGGUUGCCUACAGCUGGACUUCCAUUACUACAUGUAUGGCAGUGCCACCAACAUGGAGCUAAAUGUCCAUGCAGUCACCACCGGUGGGGCACUUGGAGCCCCUAUUUUCAGCCUAAAAGGAAAUCAAGGUCAGGGCUGGAAGCCUGCAAGCGUUCGCUACAUUGGUUUAGCUGAUUCAGUGGAGUUUGUAAUUGUAGGUGUUUAUGGUGAAACAGACAAGACAGAUAUUGCAAUUGAUAGUGUCUGCAUUACCGCUUGUACAGCAACUCCAACAACACCUAAGCCAUCCCCGCCCCAACCCACUACACCUAAACCAUCAACACCACAACCCACUUCACCUAAACCAACGACACCAGGUCCAUCAUCCCCUAAUCCAUCUACACCCCAACCAGAUCCAUCAUCCCCUAAUCCAUCUACACCCCAACCUACUUCACCUAAACCAACGACACCAGGUCCAUCAUCUCCUAAUCCAUCUACACCCCAACCGCCUUCACCUAAACCAACGACACCAGGUCCAUCAUCACCUAAUCCAUCUACACCCCAACCGUCUUCACCUAAACCAACGACACCAGGUCCAUCAUCACCUAAUCCAUCUACACCCCACCCCACCCCACCUAAACCAACAACACCAGGUCCAUCAUCACCUAAUCCAUCUACACCCCAGCCCACCUCACCUAAACCAACGACACCAGGUCCAUCAUCACCUAAUCCAUCUACACCCCAACCCACUACACCCAAACCAACAACACCAGGUCCAUCAACUCCUAAACCAACAACACCUAAGCCAACUACUCCAGGACCAACACCACCAGUGAACUGCCCUCCAGACUCGGAGUACAUUGAUUGCGGCCCAGCCUGCAUUCCUACCUGCACAGAACCCUCCACCAACUGCUCUGGUUCUUGCAUCAGCGGCUGCUUCUGUAAGCCAGGAUUUGUUUUCCGUGGCCGACGCUGUGUUCCUAUUGAGCAGUGUGGAGACUCGGAGUACAUUGAUUGCGGCCCAGCCUGCAUUCCUACCUGCACAGAACCCUCCACCAACUGCUCUGGUUCUUGCAUCAGCGGCUGCUUCUGUAAGCCAGGAUUUGUUUUCCGUGGCCGACGCUGUGUUCCUAUUGAGCAGUGUGGAUGUCUGGAUGAAGAAAACAAUUACUUUGAGCCUGGUGAGAUCAUUUUUGGAGAUGGCUGUUCCAAGUUGUGUCGCUGUGCUGGCAACUACACUUUCGACUGUGUGGACAACACCUGUGACCCUGUGACAGAAGAAUGUCGGGAGUUUGGUGGAGUGCACGGCUGCUACCCUAAAGGAACCUCCACCUGUAUUGCCUCUGGUGACCCCCAUUAUAACACCUUUGAUAACCGGCGCUAUGACUUCAUGGGAAACUGUUCUUACCUGAUGUCCGAACCUUGUAACAGCACAGACGUGCCUUACUUCGCUGUGUACACAGACAACGAGAACCGCUACAACAAUCCUCAUAUCAGCUAUGUAAAAGCAGUUCAUGUCCAUGCGCUGGGAGUCGUAGUGUCUGUUCUGAAAGGAGGAACGGUUCAAGUCAAUGGUACCAAUGUGAACAUUCCUCUGAGUCCUGUCAGUGGUGUUGACAUUUUUAUGUCUGGCAAGCACUACACAGUGGCCUUGAACUUUGGAGUAACCGUACGUUAUGACGGAAACCACUAUAUGGACAUUAAAGUUAUCAAGGACUAUGAGGACAAACUUUGUGGACUGUGUGGGGACUACAACGGAGACCCUCAGAAUGAUUUCCAGACUCCAACUGGUGAACUGGUCCAAAGCCCCAAUGACUUCGGCCACAGCUGGAACACAGACCCUGAGUGUAACAAGCCAGAGGUUGGCCCAUCCCCUGGGUGUACAGAUGCUGAGCAGGAGUUGUAUGAAGGGCCUGCUUACUGUGGUAUCAUAUUGGACAGCAAUGGCCCAUUUGCUGCUUGCCAUCCAAAAGUCAACCCCAAUGGUUUCUUCCAAGACUGUCUGUUUGACGUUUGUGAGCUGGAUGGUGCUUAUUCUGCUUUGUGUGAAGCAAUAGAGUCAUACGUCAAUGAAUGUCAGGACCGUGGAGUUACAAUUGGACCCUGGAGAAACAGCACCUUCUGUCCUCUGAAAUGCCCACCCAACAGUCACUUUGAAUCAUGCGCACCAGUUUGCCAGCCUUCCUGCAGUCCAUAUCCACCAAGUCAGUGCAUCGGGCCUUGUUCUGAAGGAUGUGUUUGUGACCCUGGAUAUAUCCUCAGUGCUGGCCAGUGCGUGAAAGAAGAAACUUGUGGUUGCAGCUAUAAUGGAAAUUAUUAUAAGCCAGGUGAAGAGUUCUACACUAAGGACUGUGAAGUACUGUGUAAGUGCGACCCCCCAUUUGUUUCCUGUAAAGCUGCCGACUGCCCACCAGUGGAACAAUGUGGAGUACAGGGUGGUGUAAUUGGGUGUUAUCCACAAGAAUCUCAAGACUGCAUUAUCUCUGGUGAUCCUCAUUAUAACACUUUCGAUGGCAAAUACUACAGCUACAUGGGCACUUGCACCUACACUCUGGCCCGCACCUGCCAAAACAACACUGGCCCCUGGUUCUCCAUAGAGGGUAAGAAUGAAGAGAGAGGAGUUUCUGGUGUUUCUUACCUGAGGAAACUAUACGUGACUGUUGAUGGCAUCACUGUGACACUGAUGAAAAACAAGAGAACUCUGUUGAAUGGACUCAGGGUGUCUCUUCCUCACUCCCCAUCUCCACUCAUUUCGCUGUCUCUUGCUGGACAAUAUGUUAUCCUCACAACUCCGUUUGGCCUGGAGGUGCAGUGGGACGGCAACCAUUACGCCAAGAUCUCAGUUCCUAGUUCCUACUAUGACCAGAUGUGCGGCCUGUGCGGGGACUACGACGGAAACCCCAAUAAUGAUUUCACUAAGCCGGAUGGCUCCCAAACGGACAGCUCAAGUCAGUUUGGUGACAGCUGGCAAACUGAUGAGGAUGAGGAUGCAACGUGCAAGCCGGACCCCGGGCCUCAACCACCCUGCGAUCCUGAGCUGGAGGGUGUCGUGUCAAACCCAGAGAACUGUGGAAGAAUAACUGACACAAACGGAGCAUUUAGGGACUGCAUAAAUGUGGUGGACCCCUUGCCUUUCUUCCAGAGCUGUGUGUUUGAUAUGUGUCGUUAUCAGGGACUGCAGCAGGUCCUUUGUGACCAGCUUCAGGCUUACACUGAUGCUUGCCUGAGUGCAGGUGCUCCUGUCCAUCAGUGGAGGGAGCCAGACUUCUGCCCUCUGGAAUGCCCUCCAAACAGCCAUUACGCCAUAUGUGUGAGCUCCUGUCCGGAGACAUGUCUGGGUAUCAAUGGACCACCGGGCUGCAGUGAGAAGUGUGUUGAAGGCUGUGAGUGUGACCCUGGCUUUAUCCUCAGUGACAACAAAUGUGUCCCUGUUAAAGACUGUGGCUGUGUGGACUCCUCAGGCUCCUACCAUCCAGUAAAUGAGAGCUGGUAUCUGGAGGGCUGUACACAGAAGUGUACAUGUGAGGGUGGAGGAAUUAUUCACUGUUACAACACCAGCUGUCUUCCUACUGAGAGCUGCCAACUUCAAGAUGGAGACUAUGGCUGCAAACCACUUGGUACAGGCAUUUGCUCAGUUUCUGGUGACCCUCAUUAUAACACCUUUGAUGAUAAAGUACAUCACUUCAUGGGUGCCUGUUCCUACACUCUCACUAAGCCCUGUAAUGAGACCUCAGGCUUGCCAUACUUUUCUGUGGAGACACAGAACGAGCACAGAGACAAUAAUAAGAAAGUGUCUUAUGUAAGAUCUGUCAUCAUCAAUGUGCAUGACACAACCAUCAUUUUGGGCAAGGGGCGCAAAGUUCAGGUGAAUGGAGUUCAGGUCACUGUGCCUGUCACACUGUCAAAUGGUGUUAAGAUCUUCCUAAGUGGCAAAUUUGUGGUGCUUGAGACAGACUUUGGAUUGCGUGUCCGUUUUGAUGGAAACCAUCAUGCAGAUGUCACCUUGCCUUCGUCCUACAGCGGACUGUUAUGUGGACUCUGUGGAAAUUAUAAUGGUAAUCCUAAUGAUGACAACAUCAAGUCAGAUGGAACGCCAACAGACAGCACCAAUGAGCUUGGAGAAAGCUGGCAGGUUCCUGACGACAGACCAGAUUGUACUCAUGGUGGAGGAGACAUUGAAUGUGAUGACAAGAUCGAGAGUGAAGCACAGAAACCUACUAGCUGUGGCAUGAUCACCGACCCCAAUGGAAUCUUCAAGCCAUGUCAUGAAGUGGUGCCUCCCAAUCCUUACUUUGAGAACUGUGUGUUUGAUCAGUGUGGCACUGGUGGCGCCACAGUGGCACUGUGCCAAGCUAUUCAAAGCUAUGCUGACCUGUGUGCUCAAGCUGGGGUGCCAAUUAACUGGAGGAAUAACACCUUCUGCCCUAUUAAAUGUCCGGUUGGUAGUCACUAUGAGCCGUGUGGUUCAGCCUGUCCAGCCAGUUGUCAGGACCCUGGAUCUGAAGGCACCUGCUUUGAGCCCUGUGUUGAGGGAUGUGUGUGUGACCCUGGUUUUGUCCUCAGUGGGGACAAGUGUGUGCCCUUCAGCGAGUGUGGUUGCACUGACAAAGACAGCAACUAUAGGCCUGUUGGAGACAGCUGGUUCACGAAGGAUGAUUGCACAGAGCGCUGUGUUUGUUCACCUUUCAAUACAGUGACAUGCGAGGCAUGGCAAUGUGGUCCCACUCAGGAAUGUAAGGUCAAUGAUGGUGAACUAGGCUGUGUGAACACAGGAGUGGGCAUUUGUCACAUUGCUGGUGAUCCUCACUACUACACUUUUGAUGGCAUCAUGCACACCUACAUGGGUACCUGCACUUACACGCUGGUGGCGAUAUGCGACACCUCUAUGGUGACACCCUUCACCAUUGUGGCCAAAAACGAAGAGCGCGGCCAACCAGAAGCUUCGUAUGUUCACUCUGUGACCGUCUACCUGCCCACUGCCAACAUCACCAUCAGCAAGAAUGGAAGAGUACUGGUGAAUGAACGCAGGAUAAAGACCCCCUAUGACAUCAGUUCAGCCAAGGCGCGGGUGUUCACCAGUGGAGUAAACACCGUACUGGACACUGACUUCGGCCUGAUUGUGAAGUUUGAUGGAGUGCACCAUAUUGAAAUCACAGUACCUGGAGACUAUUUCAACAAGGUAUGUGGAAUGUGUGGUAACUACAACGGAGAUUCCUCUGAUGACAACUUGAUGCCUGAUGGCAAACCAGCCAACAAUGCCACUGAACUUGGUAACAGCUGGAAGGCAGAGGGAGACAGUGAUCCUGGGUGCAAACCUGAUGAACGGCCUGAUGACAAACCCAACUGCGACAAGAAAGAGGAAGAAAUCUACAAGUCACAGUGUGCGGCGUCUAUCCUAUCUGAUCUCUUCAAGCCCUGUCACUCUCUCAUUCCUCCAGAAUCUUUCCUGGGGAACUGUAUCUAUGACAUGUGCGAGUAUGAUGGCAUGCAGUCGACUCUGUGCGAUAACAUUGAAGCUUACGCCCAGGCCUGUCAUAGCGCUGGAGUCACGAUCAGCUGGAGAAACAGCACCUUCUGUCCUCUCCCGUGCCCACCAAACAGUCACUAUUCUGAGUGCACAGCACCAUGUCCUCCUACUUGUGCCGAUCUCUUCCCCGUAUUCUGCCCAUUACCACCUAAUAGUUGUGUCGAAGGCUGCAAGUGCAAUGGAGGUUUUGUGCUAAGUGAUGGCAAGUGUGUUCCCCUCUCAAGCUGUGGAUGUGUUGACAGCAAUGGAGAGUAUCAUGAUGUGGGAGAUUCGUGGAUAACUGACCACUGCGAACAGAGGUGCAGCUGCAGCCUUGGAGGAGUGCUGUCCUGCACAUCCUUUGAAUGCAAUGACAACUCGAUCUGCGAUCUUGACAGCAAUGGAGACCGUUACUGCAAACCUGAGAAAUUCGAUGACUGCAAUAUUGCUGGGGACCCUCACUAUCGUACCUUUGACAGAUACAAUCACCACUACCAGGGAGCGUAUACCUAUGUAUUAACUCAGAGCACCACUCUGCCCAGCUCCCUCACACCGUUCACAGUCCGCGGCAAAAACCAGCGGCAGGGAGGCAUCAGCCGGGUGUCACUCCUGCGCGAGGUCUAUGUGGACGUAUACGGCAUUACUGUUCGCAUGCAGCAGAAGAAGAAAGUGCUGGUCGAUGGAGAGAAAGUUGGUCUACCGUUCAGUCCUGUACGUGGAGUUAACAUAAAAACAAAGUCUCGUUAUGUGAUGCUCACAACUGACUUUGGCCUUUCUGUGCGCUUUGAUGGCAAUGCUCAAGCAGUGGUGACUCUACCAAGUGUAUACAGAUCCCGUGUGCUCGGUCUGUGCGGUAACUAUGAUGGAAACAACCGUAACGAGUACACAAAACCAGAUGGCACAGUUACCCGCAACCUCAAUGAGUUUGGAGACAGCUGGAGAGUGACUGACAGACAGGCGGGUCUUGGUACCACAUCCCUACCAAAGAUGGUGCACCUACACAAGCGUGAAGUGGAGGCUGACCCAGAUUCAGGGUUUGAUACGACAGGCUGCACAGAUGCUCUGCUGGAGGAGCUGAACGGGAAUAAAAUGUGUGGGGCUCUCAGCGACCCUGCUGGUCCUUUCACUCCCUGUCAUGCUGUGAUCACUCCGGAUGUCUUCCAGGAGGAUUGUGUGUUUGACCUAUGCGCUGAGCAGGGCAGUGAAGAGCUGCGCUGUGAAAAUUACGCCGUCUACGCUCGGGCUUGCCAAGAUCUGGGUGUCACACUAGGGCUGUGGAGACAAGAACUGAAUUGCGGUCUGCAGUGUGGGCCCAACAGCACUUACUCCCUCUGUAUGACUCCAUGCCCGGCGUCCUGCGCAGACCUGGCGGCUCCCUCUGAGUGUGAGCAAACGCAGUGUGUGGAGGGAUGUCAGUGCGCCUCCGGCUUUGUCAUGAGCGACCAAGACUGUGUGCCUUACAGCGAGUGUGGAUGCACUUACCUCGAUCGCUACUAUCAGCUGAAGGAGACAUUUGUGACAGAGGAUUGUUCACAGAGUUGUGAAUGUACUACCACUGGUGCUGUGUGUCAAACAAAGGGCUGUGGAGACAACGAGAUCUGCACUGUGUAUGACACCAAACGUGACUGUUAUAAAUCGAGUCCAUGUUUGAGCUCGCCCUGUCAGAAUGACGGUACCUGUGUGGAUAAACCAGAUGGUUCUGGUUAUACCUGCACUUGCACUGAAGGUUUUGAGGGCACAAACUGUGAGGUCUUUAAAAUCCCCUCCGAGGGAGGCCUGGAUCAAACAGCUAUUAUCUUGAUCGGAGUCCUCGUGCCACUUGGCGUCAUCCUCAUAGUCACAGCAACUGUGUGCAUUUACAAGAAGUGCAGCCGCAAAAAGAUGAGUUACGAUUCAAAUAAGCAAUUUGAGCUGAACAAAAAGACAGAUCAUCCUUAUGAAACUCUAGAUGAGGGUAAGAAGCAGGGAACAGACAACAGUGUGCUGAAGGCUACUACAUUCUGAAGCAGUUUUUUGACAAUGAUUUGCUGACAAGAUUUUGUUUAUAUUUAUUAAUUUUAAACGUCUUUGUGGAAUAUGUGAACUGACUGGCAAAACCUCUGUUAAUAUUUUACAUUUUUCAACUUUUCAG